GUCAAUUUGACAUUAACUAAUUUACUUACACGUCCCUGGAGUUUUUCUCUAAUCAUUGCACGAGAUUAACUUUAGUUAAAUUUAUUUUAAUUCUGCUUUCCAUUAAAAUAAGCACAUUAGUAAAAUGUCAACAAGGACCAACACAAUUGAAAGGAACAGCAAUGGCAACACAAAGUCAUUACAUCUUUCCGAAAUUUGCUCUAGGGCGUUAAAAGCAAAUUCCGAAUGGCCAGAUAAGGAUGAAUUUUUGGACGUUAUCUACUGGGCUAGACAAAUAUUUGGCAUACUCUUAGGCAUAGUAUGGGGUAUAGUGCCAUUAAAGGGCUUCCUAGGAUUAGUACUAUUCGCUGGUAUUAGUUGUGGCAUAGUGUACCUUUACUCCAUUAAUUUCCAAGGUAUUGACGAAGAGGCUUACGGUGGUGCUUGGGAGCUGGUUAAGGAAGGUUUUAUGACGUCAUUUGCCGGUUUUCUGGUGACGUGGAUAAUUUUCUAUACUGGCCUGCAUUAUGAUACAAUAAUGGCUGAGAAGGAGCUGUCAUAAAGCGAUUGAAAUAUGAAGGAUUUGCGUAUUUGUUGCACCCGUAAACAACAGAUUGAAAGACAUCCUCAAACUAGCUUUCGAAUGUAUUAAUUAAAAUUCUUCCCCAAUAUGAAUGCAAUAUGUUAAUAGACGCAGUAUAUUGCCAACAUAAUUUAACAUUAUGAAGCAGUGACCGAUUUUCCCUAAAUAUCUAAGCAGUUCCUUACAGUUAAAUAUAAAGCUUUCGACCAACAUAAUAUUAGAACUAUUAGUUAAUACAAUUAGAAAAUUUACGACAAAUAUGUAUUGUAAUUAUAUACUGAGAUUCGUUCCUCACACGUUUCUGCAUUUCUCAGCAUUUUAUUUUACGUGCUGCUUAAAUGUACCACUAUCCAUACGUGUUUAAAUUUUUCUAUGAAAAAAUAAACAUUUAAAUACCGUUAGUUCUUAAAA